UUGUUUUUGUUUUAUCGCGAGAGUUAUGUUAGGGUAGGCUGGUAGUCUACACUAAAGGAGCUAACAACGUUUACUUUAGCCCAGCCACUUAGCAGUAGCCAAAUGAUACUUUAUCAUCGUUUUUUUUUAAGUAUGAAGUAAUCCAGAACUUUACACAUUCUCUGUCUCGUUUACGUGGGAUUGGAGAAGCAAUGUAGCGAAAUAUCCCGAUGGAGUCCGCGCUCUGGGAACUUCACGUGACGAAACGGGUUAGCUCACUUCCUGUCUGCGACAUUAGUGAGCGCGACUAUGCCUGCGGACGUGAGGCAUCAUGGCUGAGCAUCAGAGGCAGCGCUCUCUGUCCACCGCCGGCGAGUCUCUCUACCACGUGCUGGGAGUGGAAAAGACCGCCACGAACGAUGACAUCAAGCGGUCCUACAGGAAACUGGCUUUAAAGUUUCACCCUGACAAGAAUCCCGACAAUCCGGAAGCGGCUGACAAGUUCAAGGAGAUAAACAACGCCCACGCCAUCUUGAAUGACCCCACCAAGCGCAACAUUUACGACAAAUACGGCUCGCUGGGUCUGUACGUGGCCGAGCAGUUUGGAGAGGAGAACGUCAACACUUACUUUGUCCUCUCGAGCUGGUGGGCAAAGGCGCUGUUUGUGUUCUGCGGUCUCGCCACCGGUUGCUACUUCUGUUGCUGCCUGUGCUGCUGCUGCAACUGCUGCUGCGGAAGAUGUAAACCUCGGCCUCGGGAAGGCCAGGAGCAGGACUUUUACGUCUCCCCGGAGGACCUGGAGGCUCAGCUGCAGUCGGACGAGAGAGAGGCGGGAGGCGAGCCCAUCAUGCUGCAGCCCACGGCGACAGAGACCACCCAGCUGACCUCGGACGGCCAUUACUCCUACCACACCGACACCGGCUUCAACUAAACGGACGCGCCCCGCCCGUCCUCGCCUCGGUCCCGUCUGCGAACCCCCCCCCCCCCCGCCCCCCUGCGCCACCCACGUGACGGGAAAGGAAACCGUCUUUCACAAGGAAGGCCCAUGCAGAGGAGAGGGACUCGUUAGCAUGGUCCAUGAAAGGAACUACUCAUCCCACCCCCACCCCUUUCCCCCAUCCCUCCUUUCUCACUAUUUAUUUCCUCGAGUAUUACAAGAAAUGAUUCCAUUUUCUUUUUUUUUUCAACUUCAUCCCUCUCAUCCCACAUUGUGCGUUAUUGUGUAGCAUGCACCACAAUUUCCUCUCGCGCAGAAUUAUUCGUCCACACGAGUCCGGUGCGCAGCGCGAGAGCGGCGAGGCUCUCGGCGGCGUCUCGGGUUCCGCGCCGGUUCGCCGGGCGGUUGGGGGGGGGGGGGGGGGGUUUGUCACACCAUAUUUGUUCGAACGUUGCUUUGCGGUGCUCAUCUCCUCCCGAGAGGAAUGUUGUCAUAUCGCCAGACGCGGCUCUUCUUCUUUCUUCUUCAUUUGUAUUUUUUUUUUUUUUCAGAGCAUGAGUUGUGAAAAACAUGACACUCAUCAUAUUUUUGCGUGGAAAUUCAGGUGACUGCAAACAUUUAUUUAUUUGUGUAUUUAUUUCGAAGAGAAUCGUCACCCUGUUUUUGAAGUUGGCGUGUUUGGAAGUGCGUCUCAUCCGUCGUCGACCCGUUUGAAUCACACGGAAUUCGGCCGUCGAUCCGGCGUCGCCCACGGAAUCGGAUUUUUGCACACGGCAUCUUUCGGAUUUGCAUGCGUCGCCCACACAUCCGCAAAUCCACCACCCCCCCCCCCCACCAACACCCACGACGUGUCCCGACUCGCGCGUCUCGACGGUUUACGAGCGGCGAUCCGCGUGUGACCGACUGUCCCGCCCUCUGCUAUUAACGGUAUGGAUGUUUCGUAUGAUGUUUUUUUUUCCCCACGUAAAGUAACCCCCUCGACGACAUUUAGGUGUUACCUGUCCGAAUAUUACGUGUCCUAAAGUGAAUGCACUAAAAGAAAAACUUGAAAAUGCAAGAAAAGCGAAGCGAGCGGAACGGAUCGGCGAGCGGGAGGCGGCGGCGCCGAAACGGCCGUGUCGAGUGCAAUUGUCGUGAGUUGCUUUUCACGAUGCAUCCGCGGAGGUUUAUUUAUGUCAUGAUUUUGUGGUGGGGAAAUAAUUUUAAUCGGUGCAGUGUUGUAUUGUAACCAUUCAGUUGUGCGAGGAGACCGUGACCGUUCGGGGUGGUUGUACAUACGAGUACAAGUACAAGAAAUCUUUUAUGUUCUAGCAUGGUUAUCGUGUGUCUGGAAGAAAACUUGGGCCGUUGAUCUCAAUUCUCUGUUGGUGAAUAAAUGUUCCUAAACAUU